GAAGAAUUUCGCCAGAGAGAGCUCCAAUGGAGGGCGCCGGCGGCGAGCUCGACGACGAGAUCCGCGCCCAGUUCCCCCUCUCGUUCGGGAAGAAGUCCGGGCGGCCACCGCCCAACUCCUCCAGUGUCCACUCCUCCACUCGCCGCGCUGUUGGCCCCGUCUCCGUGGACCGGAACCCUAACCCUAGCUCUAGUGGAUCCAAGAGUCGUGAUGUUCAAGAGGAGGAGGAGGAGGAUGCGAUGAUUGGGCCUCCGCCGCCACCACCGCAGCCGGAGGUAUCACAGGAUGAAGAUGACCAGGUGAUGAUUGGACCUCCCCGGGCACCGCCGCCUUCUGAACAAUUGGGAUCGGAUGAUGAGGAUGAGAUGGACUCCGAUGAUGAAGAUGGGCCGGAGGAGUUUCGUAGGAUUCCACUCAGCAAUGAGAUCGUUCUCAGAGGACAUUCCAAGGUUGUCUCGGCUCUUGCAAUUGAUCAUUCAGGGUCAAGAGUUCUUACUGGAAGCUAUGAUUACACUGUUCGGAUGUAUGACUUCCAAGGGAUGAAUUCCAAGUUGCAGUCAUUCAGGCAGCUGGAACCAUUUGAGGGUCAUCAAGUUCGUAGCUUGAGUUGGAGUCCAACAGCGGAUCGAUUUUUGUGUGUAACUGGCUCAGCUCAGGCCAAGAUUUAUGACCGAGAUGGCCUUACCUUAGGUGAGUUUAUCAAGGGGGAUAUGUAUAUACGUGACUUAAAAAAUACAAAGGGGCACAUAUCUGGCUUAAGCGGUGGAGAAUGGAGUCCCAAGGCAAAGGAUGAAAUAUUGACAUCCUCUGAAGAUGGAUCCUUGCGGAUAUGGGAUGUCAAUGAAUUCAAUAGUCAAAAAGCAGGUCUCCAAAAGCUUGCAAGGCCAGCAAGAGUUCCAGUCACUGCCUGUGCUUGGGAUAAUACCGGUAAACGCAUUGUUGGUGGUAUUGGGGAUGGCUCUAUUCAGAUGUGGAGCAUCAAACCAGGAUGGGGAAGCAGACCAGAUAUAUACGUAGACAAAGGACAUGCUGAUGAUAUAACAGGACUCAAGUUUUCUGUCGAUGGAUUGCUCCUGCUGUCAAGAAGCCUUGAUGGUACCUUGAAGGUUUGGGAUUUGCGACAAAUGAAGAGUUCUCUCAAGGUCUUUGAGGAUCUUCCCAAUCAUUAUGCGCAGACAAAUGCUGCUUUUAGCCCUGAUGAGCAGUUAAUUUUUACUGGGACCUCUAUUGAGAAGGAAGGCACAAAUGGAGGCAUGCUCUGCUUUUUUGACCGAAGAAAACUCGAGCUUGUAUCAAGGGUUGGAAUAUCCUCUAAAUAUAGUGUUGUUCGUUGUGCCUGGCAUCCGAAGAUUAAUCAGGUCUUUGCAACAGUCGGGGACAAGAAGGAAGGAGGGAGUCACAUACUGUAUGAUCCAUCUAUCAGUAAGAGAGGAGCACUUGUAUGCAUUGGAAGAGCUCCUCGACAAAAAUCAGUUGAUGAUUAUGAAGUGCAACCAGUUGUUCACAAUCCGCAUGCAUUACCUUUAUUCAGAGACCAGCCCAGCCGUAAACGACAAAGAGAAAAAGCAUUGAAAGAUCCUCUUAAAUCACACAAACCUGAAAUACCUAUGACAGGCCCUGGUCACGGUGGAAGAGUCGGUACUACCAAAGGCAGUUUAUUGACUCAGUAUCUUCUGAAGCAAGGUGGGUUAAUUAAGGAGACCUGGAUGGAAGAAGAUCCUAGAGAAGCUAUACUUAAAUUUGCCGAUGUAGCAGCUAAAGACCCGAAGUUCAUUGCACCUGCAUACGCGGAAACUCAACCAGAACCAGUUUUCGCAAAGUCGGAUUCUGACGAAGAGAAGGAGAAAUGACUCGUUCAUAAGACAAGCAAAUUGCUUCAAAUCAGUAAAUUUGAAGAGCAAAAAGAUGGGGAUCUUUGAUGAUACAAAUGGAAUGAAAAAGAAAUAAGAACCAUUUUACUUUCAUGAUCAUGUACUGUUUUUCAUUCAGGGAAAUCCUCAGUACUGUAAAAUCACUGUAAUUUGUAUGGAAAAUUUGAGUUCAAUGUGAGUGUAUAAACUCAAUUUCUAACAAAAGUUAAAUAGAAUUACUGAUUUUGAGGCUUA